GAAGAAGCUUGGAAAAUCCUCCAAUGGCUGUGUAGGAACUGUUGCCUGGAGACAGCACUUGCGCGUACAACUUGGAACAACUCAGCAACACACAGUGACGUCAAGAGGAAAUCUUCGUCUCAUAUCAGUAAAGCUCAACUUCACAACAGGAAUCUGAGGAACUUAUUCAUGACAAGCUCAUCACCAUGAGGUUGAAAACAACCCUACUGAAGGAGCCCAGACACAGCGAGUUGGUGAGCUGUGUGGGGUGGACCACGGCAGACGAGCUCUACUCGUGCAGUGAAGACCAUCAGAUCCUGAGGUGGAACCUGCUGAGCAAUGAGACCAACGUGGUGGUCAACACCCAGGAGGAUAUCUACCCCAUUGACCUGCACUGGCUUCCCAAGAGCAGUGGUGGAAAGAAGCAAGCCCUGGCUGAGAUAUUUGCUCUUACCAGCACAGAUGGCAAGUUCCACUUGGUGUCGAAGACGGGCCGCAUUGAGAAGAGUGUGGAGGCCCACCGAGGGGCCGUGCUGGCGGGCCGCUGGAACUACGAUGGGACAGCCCUCAUCACAGCUGGCGAGGAUGGCCAGAUCAAGAUCUGGUCCAAGAGCGGCAUGCUGAGAUCAACACUCGCCCAGCAAGGAUCUCCUGUGUAUUCGGUGGCGUGGGGCCCUGACUCUGACAGGAUCCUGUACACGUCAGGCAAGCAGCUCAUCAUCAAGCCUCUGCAGCCCAGCUCCAAAGUGCUGCAGUGGAAAGCCCAUGAUGGGAUCAUCCUGAAAGUGGACUGGAACUCGGUCAACGACCUGAUACUGUCUGGAGCGGAGGACUGCCGAUAUAAGGUGUGGGACAGCUAUGGACGUCUGCUGAACGUGUCCGCCCCCCAUGACUACCCCAUCACCUCCGUGGCGUGGGCUCCUGAUGGAGAGGUCUUUGCUGUGGGCUCCUUCAACACGCUCAGACUCUGUGACAAGACUGGGUGGUCGUACGCGCUGGAGAAGCCCAACACCGGUAGUGUGUUUGCGGUGGCGUGGUCGGCGGACGGCACACAGCUGGCCGGGGCGUGCGGGAACGGACACGUCAUCUUCGCCCACGUGGUGGAACAGCGCUGGGAGUGGAGGAGCUUCCAGCUCACGCUCACCAAGAGACGCACCAUGCAGGUGAGGAACGUCCUGAAUGAGGCGGUGGACGUGCUGGAGUUCAGAGACCGUGUGGUGAAGGCGUCUCUGGGUCAUGGCCACCUGGUGGUCACCACCUCGCUGCAGUGCUACGUCUACAGCACUAAGAACUGGAACACACCGCUGAUCUUUGACCUGAAAGAGGGAACUGUAAGUCUGAUCGUACAGACAGAGAGAUAUUUCUUGCUGGUGGAUGGAGGAGGGGUGUACGUGUACUCUUACGAGGGCCGUCUGGUCUCUUCGCCCAAGUUCCCGGGAAUGCGAACGGACAUUCUGAACGCUCAGUCCGUCUCCAUCAGCAAUGACACGAUCGCCAUCCGAGACAAAGCGGACGAGAAGCAGAUCUACUUGUUUGAUGCUCAGACGGGGAAACCCCUGGGAGAUGGCAAGCCUUUAACCCACAAGAUGGAGGUGAUGGAGAUUGCCUUGGACCAGUGUGGCCCAGCCAGCGACCGCAGGAUCGCCCUCAUCGACAAGAACCGCGACCUUUACCUGAGCUCUGUCCGCCGCCUCGCACGCGAACACGCCAUCAUCAAGAUAGGCACCAUGGUGAAGACGAUAGCGUGGAACGACUCGGUGAACAUCCUGAGUGGCGUCCAGGACAGCCAGUUCACCAUAUGGUACUACCCCGGCGUUGUGUUCGUCGACAAGGACCUGCUGCCAAAGACGCUUCUGCUGAAGGACGCCAGCGAGCUGAGCAGCACGCCUCACAUCCUGAGCUACGUGGGCACGCAGGUGACGGUGCGGCGGGUGGACGGCUCCCUGGUGUACAACGCCGUGUCCCCGUACCCCGCCAUCCUCCACGAGUACGCCGGCACGGCCCGCUGGGAGGACGCCCUGCGCCUCUGCCGCUUCGCCAAGGACCUGACCCUCUGGGCGUGUCUGGCGGGAAUGGCCAUGACCAGUCGAGAGCUCGCUACGGCCGAGGUGGCCUACGCGGCUAUCGGAGAGAUCGAUAAGGUGCAGUACAUCAACUUCAUGAAGGAGCUGCCCUCCAAGGAGUCGUCGGCGGCGCACAUGCUGCUCUUCAGCGGGCAUCAGGUGGAGGCCGAGGGGACGCUGCUGCAGGCCGGCCUCACCUACCAGGCCAUCCAGGUGCACAUCAACCUCUACAACUGGGACAGGGCCCUGGAACUGGCAGUGAAGCACAAAACUCACGUGGAUACGGUUCUAGCACACCGACAGAAGUUUCUGGAAGACUUUGGCAAGGAGGAAACAAACAAGCGUUUCUUACAAUACUCAGAAGGGGUGGAGGUGGACUGGGAGAAGAUCCAGGCGAAGAUCGAGAUGGAGCUCGCCAAAGAGCGCGAGAGGGCGGCCACGACCUCCGUCAGAAGCAGCGUAGCCGCCCGUCACUGAGCUCUCUCUCUCUCGCUCUCUCGCUCGCUCUCUCUCUCUCUCUUAGGAGGCAGACCAGAGCUACUGACCAAAACCCUUAAAGGAGAAAUCUGCAGUUUUCACAUAGAUCUCAGUUUCUCGAGGUCACGAGGACAGUCAGUACGAAACAAAAUGAAAACAUUGUUUUUACCUAGCUCGAGUUGCUACAACCAGCAGCUAACGCAGCCAGGCAGACCAUUUUUUUAUUAUUAUUAUUUUGUUUCGUACCGACAGUACUGGGUGACCUGGAGAAACGGAGAUUUAUGUGAAAACUCGCCGCAUUCCUUUUUUAACGCUUCUGCAUUGGCUCCUUCCUGUGCCCUUGGAAUGAAUGGUUGGGUAUUGGAUUACACCUUGACUUCCAUCGGAGACAACAUUUCUCUCUCUUGCUCUUGUGAUCACAUCUAAAACGCUAAACCCAAAGCAGGACUCAGGAAUCGGUUCAGAAGUAGCGACUACAAGGAAGGACUGUGUGGCUGGGGAGGAGCAUUCAUUCAUGCUGCCGGUUUGUCAUCUGAAUGGCAAGAUUGGUUUCAGCUUGGUUGGGUGACUAGCCCACUAUUCCCAGUCCACCAUAGACAUCCACACAGACCAGCCCACCAUAGACAUCCACACAGACCAGCCCACCAUAGACAUCCACACAGACCAGCCCACCAUAGAUAUCCACACAUACCAGCCCACCAUAGACAUCCACACAGACCAGCUCACCAUAGAUAUCCACACAGACCAGCCCACCAUAGAUAUCCACACAGACCAGCCCACCAUAGAUAUCCACACAGACCAGCCCACCAUAGACAUCCACACAUACCAGCCCACCAUAGACAUCCACACAGACCAGCUCACCAUAGAUAUCCACACAGACCAGCCCACCAUAGAUAUCCACACAGACCAGCCCACCAUAGAUAUCCAUACAGACCAGUCUACCAUAGAUAUCCACACAGACCAGUCCACCAUAGACAUCCACACAGACCAGUCCACCAUAGACAUCCACACAGACCAGUCUACUAUAGAUAUCCUCACAGACCAGCCCACCAUAGAUAUCCACACAGACCAGCCCACCAUAGAUAUCCACACAGACCAGUCUACUAUAGAUAUCCUCACAGACCAGCCCACCAUAGAUAUCCACACAGACCAGUCCACUAGUCCCAGUCCACCAUAGAUGGUACUCGGUCAGCGGGACUUCCUGUGGCCACUCCGUCAUCAGUAAUGAGUGUAAUGCACAUUCCGCUCGCUUGAUCACUUUCAGCUCAUCAUUUCCGUCCUCAACUCCCUUUCAGACACAACCACAGCCAGUCCUCUCAGAAGGGUGAAUUUUAGACCAACACUAGCUUAGAGACACAACCACAGCCAGUCCUCUCAGAAGGGUGAAUUUCAGACCAACACUAGCUUAGAGACACAACCACAGCCAGUCCUCUCAGAAGGAUGAAUUUUAGACCAACACUAGCUCAGUAACUGUAAACCAGUACAGUUAGAAUGUCCCAAAUGCAAUAUAUCAAAGUCUUAUUCGCUACAAAACCUUUCUGAUUUAUUCCAACUGAUGUUUUUCUAUGAGUCUUUUCCUUUUCAUUCCUUUUGAAGUUACCAUUCUGAUGUAUGAAUGUUUCCAUGGCGAGUAAAGAAAUGACUUUCUCGUAACUGUUUUUGUUAAUCGUUUGUGAUGGUUUUGUAAUGUUCUUCCAUGGGCUACACCCCAAAUUCAAGGUGUGUAUAUAUUUUUCUAUCAUUCUUGUUGUGUAUUUAUAAUCUUACAUUUUCUACAUUUUAUUUACCUCGUAAAAUGUAAAAGAAUGCAUUUAAUAAAAAAUGUAUAUGA